AAAAAAAAAAAAAAUUAGCCCACAAAUUCCCAAUCAUACUCAUCCUAUUAUACUAUCACCAGAUCACCACCACCUCCAUCAUCAUCUUUCUCACAUUUCCCACACCUUCCGAUCUCGCUCUCUUUCCUCCACGAUGGAGAUCGACCCUCUCCCAAACGGAAACACCGCCACAGAAAAUGCCGCCGCAAGACCAGCAUCCGACGCCGUUGCUUCCCUAGCGGCAGCGGCAAAGGCGGCUGCGCCGGCGUUGAAGGUCAGCCACUUAUCGGAUUCACUCAAGCUUGAACACCAGUUUUUGCGGGUCCCUUUCGAGCACUACAAGAAAACAAUCCGCGCUAAUCACCGUUCCGUCGAGAAGGAAGUUUCCGCCGUUAUCUCUGCCGUUGAUUCUUCUUCCUCUUCUGAUUUUUCCCGUGACGACGCCGUUUCUCAUCUAUCAUCCCUUGUCUCUCGCCUCCAAGGUCUCAAGAGAAAGCUAGAGGAAGGAAGCCGAGUUGAGAACUUGCAAGCACAACGAUGUCGAGCUCGAUUAGACCAUUUGGAAUCUGCAGAUGCAGAUAAUUUAUCUGAAUGGAGCAACACACGUUUGAAGCGGAUUCUUGUGGACUAUAUGCUUCGUAUGUCCUAUUAUGAAAGUGCUGCAAAGUUGGCUGAAACUAGCAAUAUACAGGAUCUUGUUGAUAUCGAUGUAUUUCAUGAAGCUAGAAGGGUGAUCGAAGCUCUUCAAAAUAAAGAGGUAGCUCCUGCAUUAGCCUGGUGUGCUGAUAACAGGUCCAGGUUGAAGAAGUCAAAGAGCAAAUUUGAGUUUCAACUAAGACUUCAAGAGUUCGUAGAAUUGGUUAGAGCUGAUAACAAUAUGCGCGCAAUUUUAUAUGCUCGAAAGUAUCUAGCACCAUGGGGAGCCAUUCAUAUGAAAGAGUUGCAGAGAGUGCUUGCAACACUUGCUUUUAAAAGCGGUACAGAGUGUGCUACCUACAAGGUUCUUUUUGAAGUCAAACAAUGGGACAACCUGGUGGAUCUUUUCAAGCAGGAAUUUUAUAGAUUGUAUGGCAUGACCCUUGAACCAUUGCUGAAUAUCUAUUUGCAGGCUGGUUUAUCUGCUUUGAAAACUCCAUUCUGCUAUGAAGAUGACUGUCCAAAAGAUGAUCCAUUGUCUCAGGAAAGUUUCCGUAAACUGGCAGCAUCACUACCAUUCUCGAAGCAGCAACACUCAAAGCUUGUCUGUUACAUAACAAAAGAAUUGAUGGAUACAGAAAAUCCACCAAUGGUCUUACCAAAUGGCUAUGUCUACAGCACCAAGGCUCUAGAAGAAAUGGCGCGUAGGAAUAAUGGUAAAAUUACUUGUCCGAGGACAGGUGUAGUCUGCAAUUAUUCUGAUCUUGCUAAGGCAUAUAUCUCAUAGAAUCAGUACCUUGAACAAUUAUGUAAUUAGACAAUACUUGUAGACUCUUGACAAAAAUAGCUUUUCUUUGCUGUGAUCCGUAGGAGGAUCAGAAGCUACCCACAUGUACAUAGAAAAAUGGAAAUCUGAACCAAUUUCUUUUUUAUUUGCUAAUUCUGUUAUUCAAAUUUACCAGUAAUUAUGUAUCUGAAUGUUUUAACAGCAAUUGAUUACUGGGUGAUUAUCAUGUCUUUCA